AUGUUUUACCAUCCACUUGCAAAUGGUCAAGCAGAAGUUUCAAAUCGAGAGAUUAAGAGUAUACUGGAAAAGAUUGUAAAUACAUCAAGGAAGGACUGGUCGAAAAUGCUUGAUGCUUCACUUUGGUCAUAUUGCAUAGCCUUCAAGACUCUGAUCGGACAGAAAAGGUUUAUGGAGUUGAACGAGCUCGAUGAAUUUCAAAAUGAAGCCUAUGAGAAUGCAAUGAUUUAUAAAGAAAAGUCCAAGGCCUUUCACGAUAAAAGGAUACUUAGGAAGGAUUUCCAAUUGGGAGACAAAGUGUUGUUAUUCAACUCCCGAUUAAAGCUCAAUCCGGGUAAAUUGAAGUCGAGAUGGUUGAGACCAUACACAGUUAUUGUCUCAUUGCCUUAUGGAGUGGUGCAAAUUCAUAGCGAGAAAACGGGACACUUUGGGGUGAAUGGUCAGAGAUUAAAGCACUAUUUGGAAGGCCGGUGGAAAAAUGCAAGUCUGUGGUGA